ACGGACCCGAACCACAGUUCACCCGUUUAGGUCGCCGCCUCGCCGCUUCCCACUCCCGAACCCUCCCCUCCCCCCUCCCGCCCGCCGCGUACGGCGCCGGCGGCCACGGCGAGGGCCCUCGUCGUCGGAGGCCCCCUACCACUGGCCUGGCGGGGCUCACCCGCCGCCCCCUCCUCCUCUCCCGAAGGCCGAAGAGGCGCGCCUCCAUCAUCAGCAGCUUUUCAUAGCAAAGACUAGCUUGAAUAGAUUAUUAUCUGCCAAUGGCAAGGGAACCAAGUCCUGAAAUUGAUGAUGAACUAUUCAAUGAAGUUUAUGGGAAGGCAUACAGUGGUCCAGUUGCAACAACUACUAACAAUGUGACGCCUAGAGUGAAUGAUGAGAAGAGGCCCCUCGAACGUGAAAAGUCAGAUGAGGAAGAUGGCCCCCCAGAUCCCAAUGCUGUCCCUACUGACUUCACUAGCAGAGAAGCCAAAGUCUGGGAGGCUAAAGCUAAAGCUACAGAAAGGAACUGGAAGAAGAGAAAGGAGGAAGAAAUGAUUUGUAAAAUAUGUGGAGAAUCAGGUCAUUUUACUCAGGGUUGUCCAUCCACGCUGGGAGCAAAUAGGAGAAAUGCAGAUUUUUUUGAAAGAGUUCCAGCAAGAGAUAAACAAGUCAGGGAUCUAUUCACUGAGAGGACAAUAAGUCAGAUUGAGAAGGAUGUGGGGUGUAAAAUAAAAAUGGAUGAGAAGUUCCUGUUUGUCAGUGGUAAAGAUAGGUUAAUACUAGCGAAAGGUGUCGAUGCUGUUCAUAAAAUCAUUCAGGAGGGUAAAGGUAAAAAUACUUCAAGCAGUCCAAAACGGGAUCGUUUGAGAUCCCCUGUGCGAACUACCAGUGAUAUUCGCCCAAGGCACACUGAUUCUAGAUGGUCACAUAGUCCAAGAAGUGCUCCGCGCUCUCAAAGUAAAGGAUAUUAUAACGAAAGGCCUCUAGAUGGCCGUUCACAUGAUGAUAUGCCUAAGUUUUCGAAAGAAUCUCCACAAGCUAGAGCUUCUGCCAACUAUGGAGCUAAAGGCCGUCCAGCCCAAUCAAAAUCUCCAUGUCAACCCUCAUAUAUUGAUGAUUCCCUUAGAUCAAAUGAUGGGAAUAACCAAUAUGCAGCUACAUAUGUGCCAAAUACCUGGAGCACUGAGACGCGUGGAACCGAUUCCCGAUUAAGCCUUAAGUUUGACCUGCCUUCCUAUCCUCAAACUUUGGAAGAGCUUGAAAUGGAGUUCAAAAGAGAAGCUAUGGAGUUAGCUAUAGCCCGUGACAAAGAGGAGGAUGAAGAGAACUACAAGCAUCGUGAGUCAUUGAGAGAAAUGAGAGAAAACCACAUGAAGAGAGUAACAGCCAUGAGGAGUAUGCAUUCAAGGAAGUGGGAUGAAUUUCUUGAACAAAGCUUUAAAAGGCACCAGCAAGCUCAUCCGACUUCUUAUGCCCAAACUUCUUAUCCAGACUAUGAUCAGAGAGCUACACAAUUUGCUGCUACUGGUCCACCAAAUGACUCGAAGAGUGAAUAUCCGUAUAUUACUGAUAGCUAUUCAGCCCCAAGGCCUCAUGCUGCAUACAGCGAGUUUGAGCAUGAGAGACAUGAUGACUUUGGGAGGACCUAUGGGCGGUAUUAGCUUUUGCCUAGUGGGCACCUAUGUGAGGAAUCUGAGUCAAUGGUGUGGUACUGUCUUAGCAGCUUAGCGCCUAUUUUCUGUCAUGUAGUUUCAGAAGGUAAGAAAUUUGGUAUAUUAGCAGUGAUAUGUGUUCCAGUUGCUCAUUCUUUUGCAGUACCAUCACAAUGGGACUUGGAACUGUCAAAAUGGAUUUAGAUAAUGUAUGUCUUUAUCUAUGUGGUCGAUGAAACGGUUGAUGUUAUGAAUGUUGUAAGUGUUAAAAUAAUGUUAGUUACAGCUUUCCCCUUUUUCUCCUGUUGAACAUUCUUCAGCUAGAUUGGUAUGGUUUUUCUUUUCUGCUAGAUUGUUUUUUCCCGGUUGAUUUCUAGAAAUAUACUCAUGUCGUGUUAGCUAAUCUUAUAAGGAAAUUGGCAUUCAGACC